ACAAGUGGACAUGUCCAAGUCUACCCACAGUUUCUCCCCAAACCCUCCUCUACUUUUACGGUCUUCUCCUUCACAACGCUAGAUGCUCCAAAUCUCUCUCACCUCUGCUUCUUCUCUCUACUCUCUCUUUCGAUUCACGUUGCUGUCUCAUUCCUCCGUUCAUGGCGCGAGGUAGAAAGCGGCGGCGACCGGAGACUGCUGCGGGAGGGCAUGGCGACGGAGGGGCUGAAGUUGGAGUUAUCGACAAGGGUUUUCUGGGCGGCGGCGAGGGCGGGGUGCAAUGGGGGAUGAAAAGGGAAGAGGAGGAUGGAUUAGUUGCGGAAUGUAAUGAUGUAGAGACGCAGCAGCCGAAGGAGGGGGAGGACAAUGGCGAGCUGCAGAAGCAGAAGAGUUUUGUUGCCGGAGAAGACGGCGAAUUGGGACGUAGGGUUUCGAUUAAUAGUCCACCGAGAAGUUUGAGGAAGAAGGCGAGAGUUUCUUACAAUGAGGAAAUUUACGAGUUCGAUGACGACGACGACGACGACGAAGAGGUUCCUUCCAAGAAGCCUGGGCGAAGGGGUAGGAGAAAGAAAAAUUUGCCUUCGACUCGGAAUGUGUCCGAAGACGAAGAGCAACGGAGUCCUAUGGAAGGUGUGGAUGACGAUGGGGAGAAAAAAUCGGGUGUUUCUGGAAAUAGGAGAGGUUCUUCAAGAAGGAAACGCGGUAGGAGAUACGCGCUACGGAAGCAAACAAUUUCCAAACCGGAGGGCGAGAAAAAAAUCAAUAAGUUGGAUCCGGAAUUCAUCGAGAAGAUAUCUUUAAUGUGCCAUCAGUGCCAGAGGAAUGAUAAAGGCCGUGUUGUACGUUGUACUACUUGUAGGAGGAAGCGGUAUUGUGUCCCUUGUUUACAGAAUUGGUACCCUAAUACACCAGAAGAGGAAAUUGCAGAAUCUUGUCCAGUAUGUUGUGGAAAUUGCAAUUGCAAAUCAUGUUUGCGUUUAGAUGUUCCCGUUAAAAAUUUGAAGAACUUGGAACCAGUAGUCAAAGACGGUGGAGAGGUUGAGCAUGCAAAAUAUGUACUACGUAGACUUCUACCAUUUCUGAAAUGGCUUAAUGAAGAGCAGAUGAUGGAGAAAAAACAGGAAGCUACAAGGCUAGGUUUGCCUCUUCAUGAUCUGAAGGUGGAAAAGAUAGAUUGUGAAGACAAUGAGCGAAUGUACUGCAACAUCUGUAGAACGUCAAUUUUUGAUUUUCAUCGAACCUGCGUUACUUGUUCUUUUGACCUUUGUCUCAACUGUUGUCGGGAAAUCCGUGAUGGAGAUAUGCGGUGUUGUGAGAAAAAUGAGAUAAUACCCUAUGUCAAUCGAGGAUUUGAGUACUUGCAUGGUGAAGAACCCAAAAAAGCCGAAGUGCUUGCUGGGUCUUCUCCAAGAGGUUGUGGGGAGUCAGUGUCCGAAUGGAAAGCAGAAGAAGAUGGAAGCAUUCCUUGUCCACCACUGGACCUGGGUGGUUGUGGUCACGGGUUUCUAGAGUUAAGAUGUAUAUUGGAAGAUUCAGUCUCUGAAUUGGUGGACGAAGGAGAGGAAAUUGCCAGAAUCCACAACAUAAUGGAUGUGGAUGAAACUGAAGAAAAGUGGUGCUCGUGCUUUAACUCAUGUGGUGAAAUUGAUCUCGAGAAUGGUAUGUUGAGGAAAGCUGCUUCUAGACAAGGUUCAAGCGAUAAUUAUUUAUACUGUCCCAGGGGCAGGGAUAUCGAAGCUGGAGAGUUGAACCAUUUUCAGUGGCAUUGGAGCAAAGGUGAGCCUGUGGUUGUUAGCAAUGUUCUUGAAAACACAUCAGGUUUGAGCUGGGAACCCCUUGUCAUGUGGCGUGCCUUUCGUCAAAUUACACAUACGAAACAUGGUCAACAGCUGGAAGUUAAGGCCAUUGAUUGCUUGGAUUGGUGUGAGCUUGAUGUCAACAUCCACAAAUUCUUUAUUGGGUAUUCAGAAGGUCAGUUUGAUACAAAAUUGUGGCCUCGGAUACUGAAACUCAAGGAUUGGCCCCCUUCUAAUCAUUUUGAGAAAUGCUUGCCACGUCAUAAUGCUGAAUUUAUCAGUUGCUUACCUUUUAAGGAGUAUACACAUCCUUACAAAGGCAACCUAAACCUUGCUGUCAAAUUGCCGGAGAAUAUUUUAAAACCUGAUAUGGGGCCUAAGACAUAUAUUGCUUAUGGAGUUGCUCAGGAGCUUGGUCGUGGAGACUCUGUUACCAAGCUUCAUUGCGAUAUGUCUGAUGCAGUGAAUGUUCUUACACAUGCCACCGAAGUCACCCUUGAGCCCAAGCAUUUGAAUAGUAUUAAAGAAUUAAAAGCAAAACACCUUGCGCAAGACCAAAGAGAACUUUAUGGUGACACGGCUGAUGCAAAUUUUGUCGAUAGAAGCAAGGUUUUCAAUGACCCUUGUAAUACGAGUGAUAAUGGAGAGGAACAUGUUUGCAAAGUUGGUUAUCAAAACAAUGAUGCAGUUUUUGAGAAUACAUCUAGCCCUAAGAGAGGUGAUGCUGAAGAGGGUGAUCAUCGAAGUUUGAAUGAACACAGUGGACCUGACCCUGGUGAGUCUGUAAAUGUAAAUCCAGGUGGAGAAACUAGUGAUGAUGCAAAAAUAUCAGAAGAGAUGGAAAGUUGGGAGGCUUCUGAUGGUGGUGCACUAUGGGACAUUUUUCGUAGGCAAGAUGUCCCCUUGCUGCAGCGAUAUCUCAAUAAGCAUUUCAGAGAAUUUAGGCACAUUCAUGCUGGUCUUGUGCCACAGGUGUUUCAUCCAGUGCAUGAUCAGUCAUUUUAUUUGACUUUGGAACACAAAAGAAAGCUCAAGGAGGAAUAUGGAAUUGAACCUUGGACAUUUGUCCAAAAACUGGGAGAUGCCGUCUUUAUUCCAGCUGGUUGUCCUCAUCAAGUCAGAAACUUGAAGUCAUGUAUAAAGGUUGCUCUAGACUUUGUCUCACCUGAGAAUGUUGGAGAGUGCAUCCACUUGACUGAAGAAUUUCGCAAGCUUCCUUCAAAUCAUUGGGCCAAAGAGGACAAAUUAGAGGUAAAGAAAAUGAGUAUUUACGCUAUGAAAGCAACGAUUGAGAGUUUGAAGAAAAAAUGCGAGUGAUGCAGACCAAAAUUGUCUAAUUUAGGAUUAUUUCUUGUGAGUCUCGACAUCCUGUAACCAGAAGAUUGAGGACAAGGCUAAAGUUAGUAUAAGAGGCGUUUCAUCAUGAGCUUUUGUGAUGUCACCUGUUUUGUAGCAAUAGAAUUAUGCCUCAUACAUUUUGUAGAAUGAUUCUUGGCCUUUUUACUCCUCCAUGUAUGUCGUUCGACAAUAACUUAAAGCCGGUAUGUCAUUUAUCAGCCAUGAGAUUCGGGGGUGUCGCUUUUGAUCCUUUUGGCAUUUUUGUAUAGAUAACAUCUCUGCCAUAAUGGGAAAAUGAAAUGCACAAGCAUGAUCUGUAUGUUUCAGAAUCUC